UUUGAUAUCGCUAUCAAUUUCUCAUCUUAAUCCAACUUCGUUUCUCGGCCGUCAGAUCAAGAAUAUGACCGUUAGAGACGCUCCCCCAUAAAAUUCAAAAUUGAAAUUCUUGUAAUAAAAUAAUGUUCAAUAAAACCCUAGAAACAGAACGAAACCACAACGCUGUUACUGUUACAAAAACUUCAACAAAAACGCCCUACAAGAAACUUUCCACAAAUUCAACCCAUAAAUUAAUCUCUCUCACUUCUUCAUAGUAAUUCUACUACAAGUCCCUCUUCUUCUUUUUUCUGAUACAUUUUCAUCGCAAUUAUUGGAAAAAAAAAUUGAUAUUGUACAUGUCAAAGAUGAUGCUAAGAUCAAAUGGCAAACCCCCACUUGCCAGAUCUCCCAUUCGGCUUCGCCCUAGCCGUCCUCUUCAAUCCAGUGCAAGCAACACUGCGCAGAUCCCACCAGGUUCUUUCACGAAAUCCCAGAUGCCUAAACGCUCUUGGGAUGUCGAAGAACUCGAGCUUCGACCUGAAUACAGCACCAUAUCCUGUGAAUUAAGGGCUCUUGCUAAAAUGGUGCGCCAAGAAUUUGGAACCAGUGAUGAAAACAUGGAUGCUGAAUUUGAUAACGGUGUUUUGAGUACUAAUCGGAGUCCUUUGUUCGAGAGGGGCAGGUUUUAUGAAGAGUACUCUGCAAGAAGAAAUGAGAGGCUGAAGAGAAAGAAGGGUGAAGUGGAGGGUCAUAAGAAGAAGCCAACGAAUAAUCUUGGAGUCAGAAUUGAAUCUGCAAAGAAGUUUGACAGCGGGAGGAGAAUGGCGGUGGCUGCCACGCCGAUGAUGGUUCAGAGAGAGGCUGCGACACCAAGGUAUUCACUGAGGAGCAGUACUAGAAAGGAGAACAAGAAGCCUCCUCUGCCUAUGAAUGUUGAGAAUUCUGUUGGGUAUACAGAGAGAAAAGUUGGGGGUAGAAGGAUUAGAAAGACUUGAAUUUAGGACCUUUUUUUCUCCGAUUUGUUAGCUUUAUAUGGUAGAUUUUGUGCUCCUAGGGUGGGAAUUGGAGCUCGAAGAGUUCAUUUGAAUAUUAGGUGGCUUUGGGGCACGUGGAUAAAUAUUUGUGGAAUUCAGGCUAUUUGGCUGUUAGCCCGGGUAUUUUCUUUCUUUUUGGUGACUGAAUAUGAUGUUGCUGUUUACGUUUAUUAAAACAAUUUAUUUUCAUCGUAGUUUGAUUUUU